CUAUCCCAGCGAAGAGUGAGGCCACUUCUUCCAUCGAUUCGACGGCGUGGAACUCCAGCGCACGGCAGUUUCUUCCAUCGAAGCCGCGUGCAGUUCUUACGAUCUGACAAUGUGGAGACUCAAGAUCGCGGAGGGCGGCAGCCCCUGGUUGCGCACAACCAACAAUCACGCCGGCAGACAGGUGUGGGAGUUCGAUCCCAGCCUCGGCACGCCCGAGGAAAUCGAGGAGGUGGAGAGGGCACGAGAAGCUUUCCGGGAGAGCCGGUUCGAGAAGAAAAACAGCGCCGAUCUGCUUAUGCGGAUGCAGUUUGCAAAGGAGAAUCCACUUGAGAUGGACUAUCCUAUCAUCAGGAUUGAAGAUGAUGAAGAUGUCACGGAAGAAGCUCUAGUCACUUCCUUAAGAAAGGCAAUUAGCAUUUUUUCUACUCACCAAGCACAUGAUGGACACUGGCCUGGGGAAUUUGCAGGCCCAAUGUUUUUUUUGCCCGGAUUGGUAUUUGCUUGAAUCUUUUCAUAUGAA